AUGGAGGGGCCGGCGCUCUCGCGGAUCGCGCCGCACAUGCGCGACGUCUUUGCCGUCGGCCCCCUCCACGCCAGGCCAGCCGCCAGACACGCCGCAGAACACGUGAGCAGCGACGACAUGAGCUUGUCGGCGUGGCUGGACGGCCACGAGGACCGGUCCGUGGUGUACGUGAACCUAGGGAGCCUCACGAUCGUCUCCAGCGAGCAGCUGGCCGAGUUCCUGCACGGCCUCGUGGCCGCCGGCUACGCCUUCCUGGGCGUGUUCCGGCAGGACAUGCUCCACCAGAUGGCCGCCGCCGCCGCCGCUAGCGCUAGCAAGUCCUCCGUGGCCCUCCGGGAAGCGGUGGAGGCGGUGGCAGCAGCCGGCAGCGAGAGGGCGCUGGUGGUGGAGUGGGCGCUGCAGCGGGACGCGCACCACGUGCUGCGGCACCGCGCGGUGGGGUGCUUCCUGACGCACGGCGGGUGGAACUCGACGCAAGAGGCCGCCGUGGAGGGCGUGCCGGCGGUGUGCUGGUCCUUCUUCGCCGACCAGCAGACCAACAGCCGCUUCGUGGGGGCCGUGUGGAGGACGGGGCUGGACAUGAAGGACGUGUGCCAAAGGGCCGUGGUGGAGAGGAUGGUGAGGGAGGCAAUGGAGUCCCCUGAGAUCAGGGCGUCGGCCCAGUCCAUGGCACGGCAGCUCAGGCUGGACGUCGCCGAGGGGGGCUCGUCGUCGUCCGAGUUGGAGCGCCUCGUCCGCCUCAUCACCGAGCUCAGCCUCAGUGCCGUGAAAAUUUCAUCGCCUGCUCCCGCUCUCACUUGA